CCGAUUAUUAGAUUCGUUUCGAUUUUUUGUUUCUUGUAAAAAAAUUUGUACAGUUAGGGUGUAAAUUGACAGAGAUUCAUUGAAUUUGGAUCAAGAUCAGUGAAUUGAUUGAGAUUUGAUAGUUUUGUGUCAAAAAUUGUGGUUAAGAUGAAUUUGAGAGCGGCGGAGAAUGAAUCGGCGAAGAAGGAGUUUCAUAUCCCGGCCGAAGUCGACUGGGAAAUGCUUGAUAAAUCAAAGUUCUUUGUCCUUGGAGCGGUGAUGUUUUCCGGCGUGUCGGCGUCUCUAUACCCUGUGGUGGUUUUGAAAACACGGCAGCAAGUAGCUCUAUCGCAACUCUCGUGUAUCAAAACGGCGUUUUCGAUCGUCAGGCAUGAAGGUUUCCGGGCAUUGUACAGAGGAUUUGGGACCUCUUUGAUGGGGACAAUUCCUGCCCGGGCGCUCUACAUGGCGGCGCUUGAGAUCACCAAGAGUAAUGUGGGCAAUGCCACGGUUAGGUUAGGGUUUUCAGAUUCAUCUGCUGCCGCCAUUGCCAAUGCGGUUGGAGGGCUGACUUCUGCGAUGGCUGCGCAGCUGGUGUGGACUCCGGUUGAUGUUGUGAGUCAGAGGCUGAUGGUGCAAGGCCGGGUGGAUCCGGAUGCCAAGUUCCCGAAAGCGUCUGCUUGUAAAUAUGCUAAUGGAUAUGAUGCGUUUAGGAAGAUUCUGCACACUGAUGGGCCGAGGGGGUUGUAUAGAGGGUUUGGGAUUUCGGUUUUGACAUAUGCACCAUCCAAUGCGGUGUGGUGGGCAUCGUACUCUGUGGCGCAGAGGAUGCUGUGGAGUGGAAUUGGGAGUUAUUGUGGCAAGAUAGAUGAGAAUGGGGUUAACACGUAUAGGCCUGAUUCGAAGACAAUAAUGGCAGUUCAGGGAGCGAGUGCAGGCAUGGCGGCGAGUGUGUCAGCUUUGAUCACAACGCCACUCGACACGGUCAAGACAAGGCUGCAAGUUCUGGAUGGGGAUGACAAUGGGCGGCGAGGACCAACCAUUGUGCAGACUGCUCGGAAUUUGGUUAAAGAAGGCGGGUGGAUGGCUUGUUACAGAGGUUUGGGGCCAAGGUGGGCUUCCAUGUCGCUCUCUGCAACCACCAUGAUCACCACCUAUGAGUUAAUCAAACGGAUGUCCACCAAGAAUCAAGAGGUUUUGACCUGAUGAACUAUAGAGACUAAGAUGCCUUCAUCUUUGGUCUAAUCCUGCAUAUUUUGUAUCUUAAUGUUGUCAUUGUUGUUUUCUGUUCUUGCAAUCAAGAAGUUGUCUUUUUUUGUAUCUCUGAACCUGCACAGGUUGUUGAUCAUCAAUUGUAAUACAAUGCAAGUUAUGU